GGCUUGUAACAUUUAAAAACCAGGCAUCUCGUCCCUACUCCUUCUAUUCUAGCCUUAUUUCUUAUGAGGAAGAUCAGAGGCAAGGAGCAGAACCUAGAAAAAAGUUUGUCAAGCCUAAUGAAACCAAAACUUACUUCUGGAAAGUGCAGCAUCAUAUGGCACCAACUAAAGAUGAGUUUGACUGCAAAGCCUGGGCUUAUUUUUCUGAUGUUGAUCUGGAAAAAGAUGUGCACUCAGGCUUGAUUGGACCCCUUCUGAUCUGCCGCACAAACACUCUGAGCGCUGCCCAUGGGAGACAAGUGACAGUGCAGGAAUUUGCUCUGUUUUUCACUAUUUUUGAUGAGACCAAGAGCUGGUACUUCACUGAAAACAUGGAAAGGAACUGCAGGGCUCCCUGCAACAUCCAGAUGGAGGACCCCACUUUUAGAGAAAAGUAUCGCUUCCAUGCAAUCAAUGGCUAUGUGAUGGAUACACUACCUGGUUUAGCAAUGGCUCAGGAUCAAAAGAUCCGAUGGUAUCUGCUCAGCAUGGGCAGCAAUGAAAAUAUCCAUUCUAUUCAUUUCAGUGGACAUGUGUUCACUGUACGGAAAAAGGAGGAGUAUAAAAUGGCAGUCCACAACCUCUACCCGGGUACGAGCCACUUUGUGCUCUUUCUUCAACUUACUGUGCUUGCUGAAAACCUACUUUAA